AUGCGGGGUGUAUCUGCUGCCGAAAUUGGCAAAUUCCGUGAGCUUCAGAAUCAUUGGUGGAACCCGGAUGGCCCUCUACGCACAUUGCAUUUCUUUAAUCCUCUGCGCGUGAAGUAUAUAAAUGACACAUGCAGGAAUUUCUCAAAGCGAUCCAGUUUACUCGCCUCAUCCGGCAUCACACCUGGAAUGCGUAUAUUAGACGUGGGCUGCGGUGGCGGUAUUCUUUCCGAAAGCCUUGUGCGAUUAGGUGGUAACGUAUUGGGCAUUGACAUGUGCGAAGAGAGCAUUGCUGUGGCGCAGCAACGUCGUGAGCAGGUGUUGCAGGAUGUGACCUCUUGCACCCUACAAAACGGUGCGGCGUCGCUUGAAUAUCGCUACGCCUCCCUCAAUACAAUUGCAGUGGAAGAGAAGCAGCAAUUUGACCUUGUGGUUGCCUCAGAGGUUAUUGAACACGUUGACGACGCACCGCUUUUUCUGCAAGAUCUUUGUGAUGCGACAAAACCGGGCGGACUCCUCAUCAUUUCUACGAUGGACAAGUCCAUUCGAACAGCUAUUAGCCAUAUUGCUGUUGCGGAGUAUCUCACUGCAUUGGUGAGGCCAGGUACGCAUGACUGGUCAAAGUUUGUUCCUCCCAAGGACCUUUCCAGAUGUGCGCUACAACAUCAGGUGCGUCAAGUAGACCUUCAAUACAUUGUGGCAUGUCCGAACAUAUUAGUGUCGUUAUCUACCCGGCAAAUGCAAUUGGCCUUUUCGCUUUCAAAGAGGUUUGAUACAGGUCACUAUUUUUGGUCUGGUUUGAAGGUGACAGCCCCUGCCUAA